UUGCAAAGGCUAUUGUUGAUUUACUGAGUCCGACCAUGUGGGCCAACUCGGACUCGGUAGCGAGUGGAUUGGCGGCGAGCUGAUAUAUGGGCUGAUGAGGACGGCGGUGGAUGGUUCUGCGGAAACUGAAAGGACGGAACCUGUAGACGUGAUGGCUGGAUCAUCUACAACAAUUGGAUAUAGCUUCCUUAAAAAUCUAUAUCUGUAUUUGAAGCACAAACGUAAGUACGUGAAAGAACUUGAUAAGAAUUAUGCAAAGCUUACAAAAGAAAUACAUGCUCUUCGUGCACAAAGAAGAAAUAUGGAAGAAAUGGUGCUAAGGAAUCAGUUUAAUUUGGAGAUGACAGACCUGCAUAGAACUCGGAUUCAUCAAAUGGAGAAGAUCGAAGAAGAAAUUAGAAAGCUUGAAGUCAAAUACAAGCGUGCACAGAAGUUGGAGGAACAAGUUGAAGAAGUUGAAAAUCUACAAAAUGGCAACAAGCAGCAAGCCCGUAGGCAUCCAACUGGAAAGCCAGGGUUCUUCACACUUGCAAAGCUCAAUAAAGGCAUUGACAAAUUAACUGGAGAAGUUGCUAAACUCAGAGAGCAAGUGAAUGCUGGAAAUCUAAUGAGUUUUCAAGGGUUGCAAUCCAUUCAUGAAACAGAAGUUGAAAAAGAAGCCCAAAUGGCUCCUGAUUUUAGCAAGGGAUCUCUUGAGACAACUAUGUCAGCAUCAACCUCAAUGCUUCAGCCAAGUAAUGAGGCUGUGGCAAAGUCUGCAAUCAAAAUAGAACUUGUCUCCAUUGAAGAAGCUUGGCGAUUGUUUGAGGAACAGGUGGGUGGAGUACUUGAUUCUCCAAACAUUACGAAAAUUGCUCAAGAAAUAGUUAAAGAGUGUGGUGGUUUGCCUCUAACCAUCAUUGCCACUGGAAAAGCCUGGAGGAAUGAAAAUGAUAUUCUGGCAUGGGAGCAUGCACUGAGGCAAUUCCAGCAUCUUAGCGAACUCACUGAUGAACAUGAAGCUGCAAUUAGACGAUUGGAAUUUAGCUAUGACAGAUUGAAGGAUCGUGAUAUAAAGAGAUGUUUCUUGCAUUGUGCAUUGUUUGCAAAGGACCAUGUGAUUAAGUUUGAUGACUUGAUAGAGAAUUUUAUUGGGGAGUUAAUUCAUGCAAGUUCAUCCAGAACACUGAAGACUGGACACGAUAUAAUUAAAAGUCUUGUCGACUCUUCACUAUUGGAGAGUGUCAAUGGUGGCCUGUCUCUGAGGAUUCCUGCUAUGGUUAAAGAUCUAGGGUUAUGGAUAAUGUCUUCAAAAAUAGAUGAUUACCAGUUUUUUAUAAGAACUGGUGUGCAUUUUAAAAAGUUCCAAGGCAGUACUACAGAAGGUGCUAUCUUGUCAGGAGCUGGUGCAGGACUAACUAAGCCACUGCCUGAGGAGGUAUGGGAACAAAAGGAGAUGAUCUUCUUGAUGAAUAAUGACUUCUACAGGCCACCCGAGAAACCAAAUUGUCCGAAUCUUUCAACGUUGUUCCUCCAAAAUAACAGUGGUUUGAGAUUGAUACCUCUGUCAUUCUUCAAUGAUAUGCCUUCCCUCCAAGUUGUAAACCUAUCAAAAACUGGAAUUAGGUCCUUGCCACCUUCACUGUUUAAACUUACUGAACUUCAGGCCCUUUUUUUACGCCACUGUAAUUGUUUAGAUGAGCUCCCACCCGAGGUUGGAAAUCUUGGAGCUCUUGAGGUUCUUGCUUGAUCUUGAAGGCACUGCGCUUUUCAACCUUACUGAUGAGGUUGGCAAACUGGGAUCUCUCCGGCACUUGCAGGUCUCCUUCUACGAGUUAUUUGACAAAAAGGAGUAUGAUAUGCUACCGCAUUAUUUGGUUUCCCGUGAUACUAUAUCAAAGCUCCUUAAACUGCAGAAACUACACAUUUUUGCUCACAGAGGGGAUGAACGGUGGAAUAACAGUGCAGAAUAUAUAGCACUUGAUGUGAGCAGCUUGAAUCAAUUGACCAGUCUUCAGCUCUACUUACCAAAUGUAUAUGUUGUCUACAAAUUUAUCGUCGAACAAGAUCGAUGCUUGAAAAUUGUGAACAGUGUGGACGGACCUGAAACAGUUUGUUGUGUACUUGGGCAUGCCACAGCAAUUUAUCUAGAUAACUAUCGCAUGAUCCGGAGCCUAGCAGAAUUUCGCCUUACUGAAAUGAAGGAAUUGAAAUUUUGUAUACUGAGCAGUGUCCAAAUAUUCAUACUACAAAUUGUGAAAGUGCAUUAUCAUACCUUGAGUACGUGAGUAUUCAUUAUUUGUGGAAUUUGGAGCGCAUUUGCGAGGGUCCAAUGCCUAAUGGAAGUUUUAGUGGGUUGAGGUUUUUGUCAGUACACACAUGUCCUAAGCUGGAGUUCAUUCUAGAGGAGUCCUUGCUUCCAAGUCUUUCUAACUUGGAGGAGUUGGUGGUUAAAGAUUGUGCAUCUGUUGGAAGGAUCAUAGAAAUUGAAGAGAAGACGGUCAAGGAUGAUGAUCUUGUUCAACUCCCUAGUUUGAAAAAAUUAACACUUCAUUAUUUACCUCAAUUGGUGAGCCUUUGGAAUGGCUUUCACCCCUCAAGAAUGCAGAUCUGCAUUUCUUGCUGUCCAAAGUUGUUGCAUGACUUUCAGUAGCGAGACACACAUGUUAGGGUAGUUGAAGAUUCAGUUUUUUCUGGAGCCGACACCCUCUAUUCUCUACUAUCAAUCAUGCUUUUGGGAAUGUUAUUUUUUUGUCAAAUGACUCGUAGAAGGAAACCUACAAGUGCCGGAGAGAUCCUAGUUUGCCAACCUCAUUAGGAAGGUUGAAAAGCACAGUGCCUUCAAGAUCAAGAACCUCAAGAGCUCCAAGAUUUCCAACCUCGGGUGGGAGCUCAUCUAAACAAUUACAAUGACUAAAAAAAAAAAACUGAAGUUCAAUAAGUUUAAACAGUGAAGGUGGCAAGGACCUAAUUCCAGUUUUUGAUAGGUUUACAACUGAGAGGGAAGGCAUAUCAUUGAAGAACGACAGAGGUAUCAAUCUCAAACCACUGUUAUUUUUUUUUAUUUGUAUUUUAACCUUCCGAAAAAGAAAAAAAAAUGUUAUUUUUUUUGGGAAUGGUAUUUUGUUUAACAUUCCCCCUUUAUUUAUUUAUUUAUUAUUUUUUAUUUAAGAAGCUCAUGUUUGGUAUGAGGAAUUGUUAGUUUACUUUUUAUUUCCCCAAAGACCAUCUGCUGAUUACUAUCAGGUAGGGCUGCAAGUUGGGCGGGCUUGCCCAGCCCAGCCCAGCCCAACCCCAACCCAAAAAUUUUGAAAUUUGGACACACAAUUCACAAAUCGGGUUUAUGUUUGGGUUGGGUUUAAUCAAAACCCAGACAAUUCGGGUUGGGCUUGGGCUCAACCCGAACCCAACCCAAAACACAAAAUUAAAAUUUUUUUUUUUUUUGUUUCUCUUUUCUCUCUCCUCUCUCUCUUCUUUCUCUUUUCUCUCUCCUUCCCGAUUUUUUUUUUCUCUCUCCUCUUCUUUCUCUUUCUCUCUCUCUCUGCCCGAAUUUUUUUUUUUUCUCUCUCUCUCUCUCUCCCGCCGUCCCUCAGCCGAUCCACCGCCGCCGCCGUCACUUCCAAAAAUUAAAACAAAACCCAUACAUACAAGUUAGCAGUUGCAGAAAGAGAGGGGGGCAAGCUUGAGAGUUGAGAGACAGUGGUUGAAGCUUGCGAACGGCGAACCCGAACUGGAACAGCCAGUGAUGGAAACUGAAACAUAUGGGUUUUGAUUUUUUGAACAAUCUGAAAUAUAUGGGUUUUGAACUUUUGAUUCUUGCACACAGAUCUGAAAUAUAUGGGUUUUGAACUUUUGAUUCUUAUAGAUUUUGUAGUUUGAAGUUGCAGAGAGAGAGAGAGAGAGAGAGAGAGUUGAGAAUGAGACUGGACGAUUGGGGAGGCUGAAAUGAUUUGCCCUAAUUUUUUUUUGUUUUUUAAUAAUAUAUAGAUAUAUCUAUAUAAUAUAUAUAUUUUUGGGAAAAAAAUAUAUAUAUAAAUUUUAAAAACUCAACCCGUCAACCCGACCCGACCGGCCCGAAAAUAUUCGGGCUGGG